UGACCUUUCACCGAUCCCUCACCGGCUCAACCUCGGGCCGGGUUCAAACUCUCUGCUACUGUUCUUUGCUGUUCUUAGAAAAUCCACUUCUGGCCAUAGUUUAAUCCCAAAAUUUUGUAAUGAUGGCCGACAAAUGCAAGAUUUUGUUGAUUGGCGGCACAGGUUACAUUGGCAAAUUCAUAGUGGAAGCAAGCGCAAGAGCUGGUCAUCCCACCUUUGUUCUUCUCAGACACUCCACGCUCUCCAAUCCUCAAAGAUCCAUUAUCAUAAACAGCUUCAAGAAUUUAGGUGUCAAAUUUCUCAUUGGAGAUUUAAAUGAUAACCAGAGCUUGGUGAAGGCAGUCAAGCAAGUGGACGUGGUGAUUUCUACAGUAGGUCAUGCUAUGUUGCCGGAUCAAGUCAAGAUCAUUGCUGCCAUUAAAGAAGCUGGUAAUGUUCAGAGGUUCUUGCCUUCCGAGUUUGGAAAUUAUGUGGAUCGCAUUCAUCCUGUUGAACCUGCAAAAACAGCAUAUGACACCAAGGUUAAAAUCUGGCGAAUUAUUGAGUCUGAAGAUAUUCCAUACACCUAUGUGUCAUGCAACUUCUUUGCCGGCUACUUUCUUAGCAAUUUAGCACAGCCUGGAGCCAUUAUUCCCCCAAGAUUCACAGUUGAUAUACUAGGAAAUGGAACUGCAAAAGCAAUUUUCAACGAGGAAGCUGAUAUUGGCACGUACACAGUAAGAGCAGUCGAUGAUCCAAGAACCUUGAAUAAAAUCCUCUAUAUUAGGCCUCCUAAGAACAUCUACUCAUUUAAUGAUCUUGUGUCCUUGUGGGAGAAAAAGAUAGGCAAAAUCCUUGAAAGGAAUUACAUUCCUGAAGAUCAAAUUCUGAAGAAUGCUCCAGGCAACGUGAAGUUAGCACUUAGUCAUGCAGUUUUUGUCAAGGGAGGUCAGACAAACUUUGAAAUUGAACCAUCAUUUGGAGUAGAAGCUUCACAACUUUACCCCGAUGUAAAAUAUACUACUGUCGAUGAGUACCUUAAUCAGUUUGUCUGAUUCUUCAACAUUAAGCAGCCUUCAGUGGGCUAAAAAAAUGUGUUUUUCCCCUUC